CGCUGCACAGCGCGGACCAAACAACUUCCUAACGACACGAAACUGUCAACAACCAGCCACGCGAGGUAUCGUUGCGGUAAAACGAAACACGUUUAAAUCAAAUGUACGUUUAAAACUUUGUUUAAAUGUUUUAUUUCCGGAUAAACUGCUUCCGUUCAAAACAUUUUUAAAAAGCAGUAUCACUCCGCGGUAACGGUCGGACGUAGUUUUAGUGACACCCGUCGAGGAAAUCCUCCUGAAUGUUCUAGGAACUAUAAACUCUUGAAAGCGACGUUGAGCUCGUGUUUGUUUUAAAUAAUUAGGUGUAAGUCGAGCAGCAGACAUGGCCAACAGUGUGGACAUGGACCCGGAUGUGGCUCUGAGGCUGUUUGAGGAGGGAGCCACGCUGGUGCUGCUGGGAGUUCCUCAGGGCACCGAGGUGGGCAUCGACUGCAAGAGCUGGCAGGUGGGUCCCCGCUUCAAGGGGGUGAAGAUGAUCCCCCCGGGCCUGCACUUCCUCCACCACUGCUCCGUCAACUCCCCCAACUGUGGAGGAGAAGUGGGCCCAAAGAUGGGCCUCUUCCUCACCCUGAAACCCAGAGACAUCCUGCUGGCCACCUGGGACCCCAAAGAGGAGGACCUGGACUUCUCCGCCUCCCAGAGCGAGGAGGAGGUGAGCCGGAUCAGGGCGACCCUGCGAGACCUGGAUCCCUUCCUUGGGCCGUAUCCGUACGAGGUGAUGAGGAAGUGGGUGUCGCUCACCGACCGGCUGAGCGAGGAGGUGGCGACCGGCCUGCAGCCCCUCUCGGGUCGGAUCUGUGCCUUCAGCGACGUCAUCCCCGAGGUGCAGCUCCGACACACCAAAGACCGGGCGGAGCAGCCGAGGAACGACGCGGCGUGUCAGAGCAUGAAGGAGGGGCUGGACAGACUCCCCCGGAUGAAGCCUAGGGAGGGCACGGAGAUGCGCCUCUCCGUCAUCCCAGAGAAGAUGUACCCUCCGGGGGCCACGCCGGCCGAGAUCACCCAGUGCAGCCUGGACCAGAGCUACGCCCUGGAGACGGUGCUGCAGAAGCACCACGAGCUGCAGCCUCUCAACCUGCUCGGUGAGCUGCAGUUCUCCUUCGUGUGCUUCCUGAUAGGAAACGUCUACGAGGCCUUCGAGCACUGGAAGAGCCUCCUGGCUCUGCUCUGCCGGUCGGAGGAGGCGAUGAGGAAGCGUAAGGAUCUCUACCUCGGGCUCAUCGCCGUGCUCUACCACCAGCUCGGAGAGAUACCGCCUGACUUCUUCGUGGACAUCGUGUCUCAGAGCAACUUCCUCACCUCCACGCUGCAGGACUUCUUCCAGUUCGCCGGUGGCUCCGGUGUGGACGUCACUCUGCGGAAGCGAGCGGAGAAGUUCAAAGCUCACCUCACCAAGAAGUUCCGCUGGGACUUUGAGGCCGACCUGGACGAGUGUGAGCCGGUGGUGGUGGAGCUACCCGACGGCGUCACGGUGGACUGAGACCCCCCCGAGCCACGGGUUCGAUGCCGGAACCGAAACGGACUGAAAUGAUACGGACACUGAAGGUGAGCGGUGAGGCGAGAACAGGAGAAACACCGUCUGGUAUAUGGACGCACUCAACAACACGGUGUGGGUCAAUGGCGCCCUCUGGUGGUGGGUUCAUAUAAGUUGCCAGGUGACUGUUUUAGAACCACAGUUGCAACACAUUUAUUGCCAAAAUGUACUGCAUAGAUGGAGACACUUCACCUUUUAUAAGAGUGAUUCUAGAAUAUAGUAUAGUGUGACUAAAGGGUCGACCUCGUAUUGUUGAAUAAUAAAUGAUGCUUUUUGUUGAUAAAAAGGUUUUGUUGUCGUCUUGGUUUGUGAUGGUGAACUGUUCAAACUUCUAGAACACAUCAGAGGUAUUUUCUCUAGAACUUUUCUAAAGGUUGACUUUGUCGAUUAUUCGUUGGAUCCACAUUCUCUUGAAUAAAAACACUUUUAAUACUUAAACGUUAUUGAGAUAUUCAUAUGCAAUCCUGAAAACCGUCAUGGAAAAAUGUGUUUAAUCUAAAGACAUAACUUGUGUGAUUGAUAAUAACAAUAAUAUUAACAAAAGGUAGCACACAAUGCAGAUACACACACAUUUCCACAUGAAUAUAUAUAUAUAUAUUUACAAACGCGUGAAUAAAUCUGAACGAGGUCUGAAAACUACAAGUAGCCGACAGAUCGGUUCUAACAGGAAGUAGCUGUUUCUUUGACUUCCUGUUUAUUCAACAGCUGCUGCUGCUCUCGUCUACUUUCCAGACAAACGAGCUUAAUAAUUCAUGAGAAAAUGAAAAUGUCUAGAAAAGAGAAUAACAUAAUGUUUUAGUCUCUAAACCUGUCAGGAGUCACCUCUCUCUCUCUCUCCUCCACUAGAUGGCGGUCACGGCCUUUUUGUUUAAUUAUUACA